AUGAAAAGCUUGCGAAGAGACUUUUCUUCAAAUCCGCACGCCCAAAAUGUGUCCAGCAAAGUCUUCAUACGCUCAACAAAAAGUGGCAAGGUCCAGAAAAUAGUUCGAGAGCUAUAUUUGAGACAAGAUAUUCCUUGCUCUUCAAAGCUUUGCACGACAUGUCCGGCGCAUGCGCCUGCGGAUGCAAAUGGCAACAUUGUGCCGUUUGUUCUUUCUGAUCAGCCCGCCGGUAGCAAAGCUUUUCCGAAGGGUCACUACAUCGUGCCAGAUACCAAUGCGUUGUUAAAUGGAAUGGACCUUUUUGAGCACACAGGAGCCUUUUACGAUGUGAUUAUCCUCCAAACAGUCCUCGAGGAACUCAAAAACCUUUCGCUUCCGCUCUACAACCGUUUACUGUCUCUCAUCAAAUCCGACGAAAAGCGGUUCUACCUGUUCUUCAAUGAGUUCCGCCUUGAAACUCACGUUCGUCGAGACCCUAACGAGUCCAUAAACGACCGGAACGAUAGAGCUGUUCGCGCUGUCGCAAACUGGUACGGGAAACACCUGCAAAAAUCUGUCAAGCCGGGAAAGUCUAUCCCAGUCAUUGUGGUCCUCACGGAUGACAAGGAAAACUUGCGCAAAGCUAAAGAGGAGUCCGUGGUUGCGCUGUCGCUCUCUGACUAUGUGUCUGGCCUCGAAGACUCAGACCUAUUACUCGACAUGAUCAAUGACUCACGCGAGGAAAAAGGCAAGAAAACCGAGCUUUUCUAUCCAGAGUACUAUUCAAUGUCGAAGAUGAUGACUGGAUUACGUGCUGGAACAAUGCAUCAGGGCGUAUUCAACAUUUCACCAUAUAAUUACUUGGAAGGCACUGUCAACGUGAGCGCAUUCGAUAAGUCGCUUUUGAUUCUUGGCCGUGAUAAUAGCAAUCGAGCCGUCUCCGGUGAUGUGGUUGUCGUGGAGAUUCUGCCUAAGGACCAAUGGAAAUCACCGUCUUCGAAGAUUAUUGAUGAAGAGGCGGUUACGAAAAACGACAACCCAGAGGACGAAGAGAAUGAGACGGUGACGACUGAUAGAGAAAAGAAAGCCCUGCAGGAAGAAGUCAAAAAAGCACAUGGGAAAAAUGCCGAGGGUAAACCCCAACCCACUGCCCGGGUCGUCGGAAUUGUUAAACGGAACUGGAGACAAUACGUCGGGCAUGUCGAUGCGUCGUCAACAUCCUUGCAGACCAAUUCUGGAAGGCGUCAGCAGACCGUUUUUGUGUUGCCUAUGGACAAACGAGUUCCUAAAAUCCGAAUCCGGACGCGUCAAGCAGCCGACAUUCUCGGACAAAGGAUCCUGGUUACUGUUGAUGGCUGGGAUCGUGACUCCCGUUAUCCUACAGGCCACUUUGUGCGAUCUUUGGGAGAACUGGAGACCAAAGGAGCCGAGACCGAAGCUCUCCUUCUCGAAUAUGAUGUGCAAUAUCGACCAUUCCCGAAGGUGGUUCUGGACUGUCUUCCUACUGAGGGACAUAACUGGAAGGUGCCUGUGAGCAAAGAAGACCCUGGCUGGCAAAGCCGUCGUGAUCUGCGAGACCUCUUGAUCUGUAGUAUCGAUCCUCCGGGCUGUCAGGAUAUUGAUGAUGCCUUACACGCACGUCCUUUACCCAAUGGCAACUUUGAAGUCGGUGUUCACAUUGCUGAUGUGUCUCACUUUGUGAAACCCAACAACGCGAUGGAUCUUGAAGCAAGCUUGCGUGGUACUACUGUUUACCUGGUUGACAAAAGAAUCGAUAUGCUUCCAAUGCUUCUCGGAACUGAUCUGUGUUCGUUGAAGCCUUACGUGGAGCGUUUCGCCUUUUCCACCAUCUGGGAAAUAACACCAAACGCAGAAAUCGUGUCUGCUGAUUUUACAAAGUCAGUAAUCAGGUCUCGAGAGGCUUUCAGUUACGAACAGGCUCAGAUCCGUAUCGAUGACGCAUCAAAGAAGGAUGAACUGACUGAGAGCAUGCGCACGCUCCUGCAUCUUUCCAAGGUCUUGCGCCAGAAACGUAUGGACGCUGGUGCCCUGAACCUUGCGUCCCCAGAAAUCCGAAUUGAGACCGAGUCGGAGUUGAACGAUCCCUUGACGGACGUCAAGACCAAGGCGCAUUUAGCAACGAAUAGUCUGGUUGAAGAGUUUAUGCUUCUCGCCAACAUUACGGUAGCUUCUAAGAUCUAUAACGCUUUCCCUCAGACAGCUCUGUUGCGUAGACACGCAGCGCCGCCUCCUCAGAAUUUCGAGGACCUGGCUACACAGUUGCAGAAAAAGCGUGACCUUAGGCUUGACGUAUCGAGCUCGAAAGCACUAGCUGAUUCUCUUGAUCGCUGUGUCGACCCACAGAACCCCUUUUUCAACACUUUAAUCCGUAUCCUGGCCACUCGGUGCAUGACUUCGGCCGAGUAUUUCACUGCUGGUGCACAUGCUGAGGCUGAUUUCCGCCAUUACGGUCUUGCGUCACCUAUUUACACACACUUUACGUCGCCAAUUCGUCGUUACGCUGAUCUCAUCGCUCACCGCCAGCUUGCCGCUGCAAUUGGAUACACUUCGGCAGAAGGACUCAGCCGGCGUCGCCAGCUGGAAGAUGUGUGCAAGAAUAUCAACUACCGCCAUCGCAAUGCACAAUUCGCAGGAAGGGCUAGCAUCGAGUACUACGUUGGCCAGGCACUGAAGGCUCGCGGCGAAAUGAUGGCCAAGAACAAGGGAGGUGACAAGAAUGUCGGCGUCGACGAAGAAGGAUACAUCAUGCGAGUGUUUGAGAACGGUGUGGUUGUGUUUGUUCCUCGAUUCGGUAUCGAGGGGGUAGUCCGCCUGGAAGACUUCAUGCUACCGGGCGAUAAGGAGAGGCCCGAUGUGCAUGACAACGAGCAGAGAAGAGAUAUUGCGCAUCGACGUGAGAGUGAAUUUGAUCCGGAAGAGUCUACUGUGCGCGUGUGGGAUAAGAAUCACCCCGAGCCCGAGCGAUCUCUCCAGGCAGAACUGUUCGAGAAGGUUCAAGUGAAUGUCAGCUCUGUGAAGGAGGAGGGCGGACGCGGCGCAGGCAAACGAAAAGUGCGAAUUCUGAUAUUGGGCAAGGCAUGA